AAAUUGAUGUAUAAUCCCUGGAUGUUUUUCCCAUUUUCUCCAAAAUGAGCUUCAUGAGUCUGGACUACCUGGACUUCAGACCUUUAUCACCCAUCAGCAGAAGGGUGAAAUUUGCCAUGAAUUCAGAUGUAAUUUGGGGUUGACUGAAGCUUGUUAAUGAACCAGCUCAUCUUCUGAACAUUAAAAAGAAGAAAGCUGCAGAAAGUCUGUGGUUUGAAGCGUAUCAAAAGAUAAUGGGCCCUCCACAGAUUCAGGGAACUCCAGCUCUCCCUAAAAUGGGGGUCCGGGCUCGUGUGUCAAAUUGGUCAAAGAAGCAGGAUGUUAAGGAUGUCCAGGCUCCUCCAAGGUUUGACAGCCUGGUACCAAGCAGGGUAUAUGAACCUUCAAAUAAGCUGCUGGAGAAUGACCAGGACAUCCAAAGUGGAAUGGAGAGGAUGUUCCAGGUCUCAGAUAUCCUGGGUUCUUCAUCCAAGAGUCUUGUUGGGAUGAAGAGGAGCAAUAGCGAAGUGACUCUUAGCGACUUUGGAUCUGAGGAUGUGGAUCCAGUUGCCAUUAAUCCAAACACUGGCACUACUCUGAACCGAAAAUUCGAGAGCACUUGCAGUGUGGAAUGGAGUUCAUCAGACUUCUUGGAGGCUUCGAGGAUGGACCAGGAGCCCAGUGCACCUCCUCCUAUCCCUGAGCCAGUGUCAAUGCCCACUGUUGUGUCUCCCAGCCUGCAGGCUGCUGCCCAGAUUGCUCGUGGGGACAUCUUUUUCAUGCCGGAGCAGGACUGUAUGGAUCCGUUGGCUUACAGCCCAGACUCAAGCAAAGCUCAUAGAAGGAAGAUGGAGAUGUCCCUCUUAGGACUCCUGAGGCCUCAGAAGAGCAACAGGAAUGAGGUUCAGCAGGAGGUCAGGUCAACUUUGACCCCUCACAGAUGUUUCUCUCAUUAUGACGUACAGAGUGUCCUCUUCACUGCUGGUGUGCCACAACCAGAACUUUUUCAUUCCUCUUCAGAAGCUCCUGACCUGCUGCCAUCAGUUAGACACAAUGAACUCGAUGCAGACACAAGGCGCGGCAGUUUGGUUCUCACCCAUUCUCAGUUCCUUAGUGAGACUGGAGGGGACAUGGAAAACAGUCUGGACCUGACCCGGUCCUGCAGUUCUAACAGCAUCAAUGCAGUACACAGUUACAGCAGCAAGACAACACUGGGUAGCUGCACCAAUGCUGCUGUGUCUGUCCUUGAGGCCUGCUCAGAAACUCAACUGUGUUCUACAAAUCUCAUGGGGAACUUUGACUUUGAGCACUUGGACCUCGGAGCCAAUUACUACCAUAAAUAUUUCUACAACAAAGAUCACCAGAACUAUCUGGGCUUUGAUCCAAAGUUUGGUCCAGUGUCCCUGAGCAUUCGACGGGAGGCUGUGGAUGACAGAGCCAACCCCAUAAAUUUCAAUUACAGGAUCAUCCUCCGGACCAGUCAGCUGUCCACCCUCAGAGGAUCCGUUAUGGAGAACUCAGUCCCUUCUUCAUCCAAACACGGGACUUGUCGAGGUCUUCCUCUAAGGGAUGUCUUAGAGUUUGUGGUUCCUGAACUAAAUAUUCAGAGCCUAAGAGUGGCUAGCAGUUCCCCAAGAGUCUCUGAUCUGCUGCUACAGCUGGACCAGCAGGAGCUCGUCCUGCAGCACAGAGUGGGCCUGUUGCUGUGCCGGAACCGGCCCACUGCAGGGGACCCCAGUGAGACCAGUAGCCCCGCCCUGAAGCAGUUCCUAAACCUGCUCACCCACCAGGAUCCAAUGAAGGGUUUCUACAAGUACCAAGAACAGCAAAAGUCCUCUGAUGACUCCACAGAGACACAAUCAGUUUACACGACGUUCAGAGAAUUCCAGCUGAUGUUCCAUAUUUCCACCCUGCUGCCUGCUGCUGCUGCUGAUGCUGCUCAGAUGCUGAGUACGCAUCUCGUCGGGAACAACACAGUUACAGUGAUUUUCCAGGAACCCGAUGCGCCACCCUUUAACCCACAAAACAUCCGCUCCCACUUCCUCUGUGUAAUCAUCGUCAUCACAGUGCACCGACCGUGCACCCAGCAUACCUAUUACAGUCUUGCAGCAUUCAGAUCGAGGGGCAUCCCGCCCUUUGGGCCAUCAAUCCGGUCUGGUUGGAUGUUUCCAGCCUCACAUGCCUUCAUCGACUUCCUGCUGACAAAGAUCAUUAAUGCCAAACAUGCCACCCUCAAGUCUAAGCCAUUUCUCACCAUGGCGACCCAUAGCCGACGGGAGCAGCUAAAGCAGUUGGUAGAGACCUUUGUGACGUCGACACCGUUAGACCUUCCCUCCAAUGCCCGGUUCAGCUUUAUUUCUUUGGCUGGCAAGAAGAAGGACCGCCUCGCGCCACAGCCACUCUCCUACCUGCAGAGCGCCGGCGCCCUCACCUGGAGCGUGACGGUCAGGGACCCAAGCAGCUCUGCUGUCGUCGCCUGCCGACUAGCUAUCUCAAGUGAGUUGGUGGUGUUGAUAGACGAGGCAGGCAGGAAGGUGGUGUUCAACUGUACUUGCAGAGACGUGAUUGGCUGGAGCACCGCACAUGGGUCCGUCAAAUUGUUCUACCAAAAUGGGCUCCAUGUGGCAUUUUCUACACGAGACGGCCGCUGGGAGGACUCCACAGAGAUCACACAGAGAUUGCAGUUGGUGACCCAAGGCGCUGCGGCAGCGAAUGUGACCCUGAGGAGGAACCGCCUUGGUCAGCUCGGCUUUCACAUCAACUUCGAGGGCGUGGUGGCAGACGUCGAGUCCCACAGCUUUGCCUGGCAGGUGGGACUUCGUCCUGGCUGCAGGCUGGUGGAAAUCUGCUCCGUCGCUACGGUGACGCUUUCUCAUGAGCAGAUGAUUGAGCUGCUGAGGACAGCGACAAACGUCACUGCCGUCGUCCUCCCACCGCACAGAGACGGGACGCCGCGAAGGAGCUUCUCUGAAACCUACCGGCUGCCUCUCCUAGAGGUCAAACUGGACUCUGAUGUCACUUCCUGCACCUGUAGAGCGGUUUCACCCAACUUCCAGCCUGCUGCCCCGCCCACACCCAGAGUAAUGACCAGUCCAAUCAAACGGACGAACAGCGCUGACAUGAAGGAAGGAAGCAGAUCACCUCCUCAUUGGUUGAUUGGCUCUGAUGAAAGCCCAGAUUCCACGCAAGACAGGACUGGUUGGACUGGUGGGGUCAAAGAACGCAAACACCGUCCUCUUCAUGUGACCAAAGCCUCAAGUCCGACAGACGGAGACAGCAGCAGCACGCAGCAGACGUUUGGAGCCAAAAGUUGCUCAAGUUGCAGCAACACAUUGUCCAGCAAUAGUAGCGACGGCAAAGCUUCCUGUCCCCGACUCAUCGGUCUCAGAGGGGUGUCGGUAGACAGCGGCGUAGACUCCACCCACUACCCCUCGUCUGUGCUCCCUCAGGUUGCCGGGGCAACACUGGUACUUGCAGAUGUCCUGAGGAAGGAACCAGCUGCCUCCAACAGCCACAGGACUGACCUAAGUGGACCAGGUUCUCUUGCUAGGUCCAGAUGUCAGCCAAUAACAGACAUGUUUGUAGCCAAGAAGUCCAACAACAGAGCCUCCAGCGUCUUGGUCUCAUCUCCACAGAACCGUCUGACUCGAAGCAAAUCAUGUGACAGCUUGUUGCUCGUCAGCUCUGGUAGGUCGUCGCAGAUGCCGGUCCUCCUGCAGCGGCGCCAUCACAGCGUGACGCUGCCGAUCAUCCGACAUCAGCCGGCGCCUCUUCAGAAAGCUGCAGGCAGGUUUUCAUCAUCGUCUCUGGCUGACAACAAGCUUCGUUCCAUUCAGAAAGUGGCAUCACGCUGCACUGCCUUGGACAGUGACAUCACAACGUCCCUCUCGGGUAAGCUGUCACAGCUGGAGGAGGUUCUUCAUCAGCUCCAGCUGGAGCUCCUAAAGGAGCAGCAGGACAAGGCGGCGCUGCAGGAGCAAGUUCUGAACCUCCGUCAGGAUAACCUCCGUCUGCAGGAGGAGAGUCAAAGCGCUGCCGAGCAGAUUCGACGCUUCACCUCCUGGAUGGUGCGCAGAGGAUCGUUGCCAUAGCAACACAACCAACUACAGCAACUCGGCUGUGAAGAUGACCAAUCGGGACAGCCCACUCCUCCUGUUAGCAGGACUGUUUUGGAUUUCCCUGGAAAAAGAAACCCAGAACAAAUAUGUUUACAAGUUAUGAACUUUUUUUUUUUUUUAACUCAGCUAUCUGUUAUCAGGCAUCAGAGCAGAAUCGAGCCAACAUUUCCAGACGUGAUGUUACAGAACUGACGGCCCUCUGGUUAAUUAGGGCUAAAGUCUUAUGUCGUGUCAAAAUUUGAAAGCUGUUUAAAGUGUAUACCUGCUGGAUGUUGUUAUAGUUUCUCCCAACAUUAAAAUAAAAUGACUGUGAUAAUUA